CUGCGUAUUUCAGCCGAAGAUAUCCGAUCACAAUGGAAAAAUCUCAAGGACACUUUCGUGCGAAAGUUACGAUGGGUUUCGGAGGGAAAAUAUACUGAUGAUCCUCUAAAGGAACCGACCUGGAAAUUCUAUCGGAUGUUGUCGUUUCUAGACGAUAAGGAGUCUAAACGGCUCUCCAGCGACCAUCCGAUAUUCGACAUCGCAGCGCUCCAGAGAGACCAUGGACUGGAUCUAGUGAAAAGUGAGCUCCAACAUAUCCAAUAUGACGGCAGUAAUCAAAGUGCAGCUUCCAGUGAAGAACAGAUGCUUUCCCUGUUCGCACAGGUGGGAUCCUACUCAAGUGCAGAAAAGCCUCCGACUCAGCUCGAUUCGCCGCCGUCGCCUUCUUUACCACCGGUGUCCAGUGCAGACGCGACAGCUGCAGAUAACAUCGGGACGAAGAGUAACGCUGCCUACACACAUUCCAUGGACGAGGAGGAGGAACCGAGACGGAAACGUAUGAUAAGUGUGUCUCAUAGCGUAGCCUAUCAUCGCCGGCAAGCCUUCACGUCACAACCUCAACAGCAAGACGAGUUCGAGCUGUUCGGGGCGAUAGUUGCUGCUCAACUGCGCAGAGUUUCGGACGACUUUUCACGUGCCGCGUCGCUACGACUACAAAAGAAACUGAAUGACGUCAUAUUCGAGUCACAAAUGGAAUUGCUCGAAAACGGGAACUAA